GGUCUGAUUUUUCCUCCGCUUCCCUUCUUUCAUAUCGAUUCGAGUUUUCUAUUUACUCCUUCCGUUUUGGGGUUGAGUUUGUUCAGGAAAUCCACAGUUGGAGGGAGAAUGUCGGUGAAUCUCACCGAAAACGCGAUUCCGGCGAUAAUUGGUGGCGACGUGAACGCCAAACCGCUUGUUCAGGUUUUGGACGUAGCGUUAGUCUCCAGCACCAACAACUCGCAGCAGCAGAGAUACCGUCUCCUGAUUUCCGACGCCGUUUUUUCUCACCACGCGAUGCUCGCCACUCAGCUCAACGACCGAAUCCGAACCGGUCGAGUUCGGAAGGGUUCGGUUGUUCAGCUUCUCGAUUAUAUAUGCACUCCUUUCAAGAACCGCAAGAUUAUUAUGGUUCUAAACAUGGAAACUAUAAUAGCUGAUUUUGAGAUCAUUGGGAAUCCGAAGCCACCCUUGGAUUCAGAUUUACCAAGUGUGAGAGCUAUAGCAGAUAACACUGUGGAGAAUUUGGCCAGGAGUAAUAAUACUAGUAAUACUAUUAGUAACUCUGCUGCUCAAAAUGCUAGUCAAGAUAAAGCCCAGAAUUUCAGGCCAACAAUUCAACCUCCAUACCAACCGCCUCCUGUUUACAAAGGCCGUGGUGCAGUUAUGAAAAAUGAGGCGCCAGCACGCAUCAUUCCUAUAGCUGCUUUAAAUCCUUAUCAAGGUCGGUGGGCUAUCAAGGCAAGGGUAACUGCUAAAGGUGAUCUGCGCCGCUACAAUAAUGCACGUGGUGAUGGGAAAGUCUUCUCAUUUGAUCUCCUGGAUUCUGAUGGAGGUGAAAUACGAGUAACAUGCUUUAAUGCUGUUGUUGAUCGCUUCUAUAAUGUAAUUGAAGUUGGUAAAGUUUACAUGAUAUCGAAAGGUAGCUUAAAACCUGCACAGAAGAAUUUCAACCAUUUGAAGAAUGAAUGGGAAAUUCUUUUGGAAUCAACUUCAACAGUAGAGUUGUGCCCGGAUGAGGAUGAUUCUAUACCUAGACAGCAGUUCUCAUUCCGACCUAUCAGUGACAUUGAGAAUGUUGACAAUAACUCCAUCCUUGAUGUUAUUGGGGUUGUGACAUCUGUGAACCCUUCUGUUCCCAUCUUGAGGAAGAAUGGAAUGGAAACCCAGAGAAGAAUUUUGAGUCUAAAAGACACUUCUGGCAGGAAUGUUGAACUUACACUGUGGGGAGAAUUUUGCAAUAGGGAAGGGCAACAGUUGCAAGAGAUGAUAGACUCUGGGUUUUUCCCUAUUUUAGCUGUCAAAGCCGGGAAGGUGAAUGAUUUUAGUGGAAAGUCGAUAGGCUCUAUUUCUACCACACAGCUUUUCAUAAAUCCUGAGUUCCCUGAGGCCAAUAGCUUAAGACAAUGGUUUGAUCUAGUUGGAAAAGAUUCUGCUUCCCAUUCAAUUUCUAGGGACGUUAUUCCUGGAGGAACGAAGAAUGAGGUUCGCAAAACUGUAUCUCAAAUCAAGGAUGAAGGUCUGGGACGAUCAGACAGGCCAGACUGGAUAACAAUAAGGGCAACCAUAUCAUUCAUCAAGACUGAUACAUUUUGUUACACAGCUUGCCCUCUGAUGAUUGGAGAUCGACAAUGCAAUAAAAAAGUGACUAGGUCAGGAAACACAAGUUGGCAAUGUGAUAGAUGCAAUCAGGAAUUUGAGGAGUGUGAUUACCGAUACCUUCUCCAAGCUCAAAUUCUGGAUGGCACAGGAGUAACUUGGGUAACUGCUUUCCAGGAAGCAGGUGAAGAGAUUAUGGAGUAUUCAGCGAAAGAUCUGUACUUGUUGAAGCAUGAACAACAGGAUGAUGAGAGGUUUGGAGAAAUACUCAAGAGCCGACUCUUCAAACAGUUUAUGUUUAGGCUGAAAAUCAAAGAGGAAUUAUAUGGCGAUGAACAGAAGGUCAAGAUUACUGUAGUUAAGGUAGAUAAGGUGAAUUAUUCUUCAGAGAGUCAAUACAUGCUUGAUUCGAUUUCCAAGUUUUGUAGGAAGUGAUUGUAGCUUGGUUUCAGCUUCUUUUAGUAUUAUUGAGAACCAUACAUAUAGUGUUAGUAUUCAAGCUUUGCAUAGAAUUAAUCAUUAGUCAUUACUGACUAUGAGUUACUACGUCAUUUGAAUGCCCAUUGCAGAGACAUAUAUUUAGAUAGUAUCAAUACGUGUUUGAAUUUCCCGUUUCUUCUUUUUUGUGUGUGGAUGUGCCUUUAUAUCACACAGGAUAUAUUCAUUGCUCCUUGUAUUACCUCAUAUGACCGUGUAAUCCCACUAUUUUCGAAUUAUGAAUCAUCAAUUUUCCUA